AUGCGUAAAAACCAAGCCCCUGCCACCACUGUUGAUCUGGUUUUUCCACUUUGGAGGGAAGGAGUACCAGAUCCUGAAGCCAAUGGCCUGUCCUCCAGAGAUCUUGUGGUCCGGCUUGUCCCUGUCGAAGAGUCGGGAAAUUUUGGAUUUGACGACAUCGACCUUGAAAGACUUGUCGUCUUCCACUCACGGGAAGUCCCCGACGGCUACGAGCGACGGCGGGCAGUGUUUUUCCACUAG